GAGUACCGCUCCAGUCUUGCUGCUUCCCUUGCUGGGUCAACUGCCGUCGGGGGGUCACUAACACCAGCUAAGUGGAGUCAACUAAUGUCAGAGGUCACAAUACUCUGCCGAGUUGGGUCAGCUACCGUUGGGGGUCAGCAUCAUCAUUAGCUGAGUGGGGUUAAUUACCGUCGGGGGUCAUCGUCAGUCGAAUAGGGUCAACUACCGUCGAGGUCACUAUAAUCUGCUUCUCUACACUUGCCCCCGAGAUGUCGCAUCUCUGGCCCUUACAGCUGGGAUAACGAGUUCUACGAGAGUGAGGAGGAAGGGGGGGCGCCUUGCAGCACUAUGUUCCAUUACUGCCCCGUCCACACCUGGAAGAGAGAGCACGUGCGCGGGUGGGUGUUCUCUGUGUGCCAGGAGAACAACAUCGACGCUGACCACCUGGGGGGCUUCGGGGGCUUCACGGGACCCCAGCUGCUCAACAUGACUCAGGAGCAGUUCCGUGAGGUCAAUCCUCUCCACGGUAAACUGUUCUACGACCGUCUUCACCGCUUGGUCCGCACCACUAGUUCCUAUGGUGGGUACGACUGCCAGCCACAGCUAACUCUGGAGAACACGUCCGGCAGCGCCUCCAACAGCGCCACCUACUACGAACUACAGCCCAAAGCCGCUACCCAUCCCCAAGAGAACUGGAGCAACUGCUACCCAUAUUACGAGUACCAGCCUGAGCAUUACUCCUGUACUCGAGGAUACUCCACGCCGACUUCAGAUGUCAAGGACGAGUCCGUAGAAGACCGUACUUUGGAUAUGUUCGACAGGUUGCACGUGAAUCGCAAGGACAGCUACAGAGAGGACUGCCUCUCAGUCAGCAGUGGUGGCGGGUAUUCUCUUCCAGGAGCAACGGGUUGCGGGUAUUCUUCUCACGGAACGUGCGGUGUGUAUUCACCAGCCGGAGCGACGGAUUGCGGGUAUUCGUCCGAGGCGACGGGUAUUGGGUAUUCUGUGCCCGGAGUGACCCCGCCCCCCACCUCCACCCACCUAUCACAAUUUUCAUCCUGCCAAGCUAAAAACAGAAGAGGACGUGGAGAUCGAGGCCCUAAGCUGUGGGAGUUCCUGCUGGACCUGUUGAAGGACCCGACCUGUAACCCGAGCAUCAUCCGCUGGGAGAAUGAAGAGGAGCACAUCUUCCGGCUCACCAACCAGCACGAGGUGGCUCAGCGAUGGGGCCAGCGCCGACCUAAGGAUGGCUCUCUGCCUUAUGAUUACUUUGCUCGCGCUCUCAGGUACCAUUACAAGUCCGGAAUGUUGGUCUCCGUUCCGGAAAGGAAGCUGGUGUACAAGUUUGGGCCCCGAGUGUUCGAAGAGAGACGAUGAUGACACGUCGUCCACCGGAUCUCCGAUUUCCCAGGGAACUAAUGCUCAAAAUGUGGCCUUUUUGUGUGCUUCAAAAUACACAGGGGCAUGCGCGCGCAGUCUCGUCACUUGGAAUAAACAUACGCGCUCAGUCUCGUCACUUCGAGUCGACUUGCGCGCGCAAUCUCGUCACUUCGAGUCGAGAAAGAGUGCAAGCAGCUGCAUAAGACCGGCCCGGACAAGGCGUCAACAUAGCCCUUGAACAAAUGUCUUUCUCCCAUUGUGAUGUGCGGCUGUCAACUUGUGCAGCGUUACCAGAGACGUCAAAAGCGUUACCAGAGACGUCAGCAGCGUUACCAGAGACGUCAGAAGCGUUACCAGAGACGUCAGAAGCGUUACCAGAGACGUCAGCAACGUUACCAGAGACGUCAGCAGUGUUACCAGAGCGUCAGCAGCGUUACCAGAUACAUAAAGAGUGUGACUAAAGGCGAUAGAAAUUUAGUGGGUCAACACAUAUGUGGGAGAUAAGGGAGGCUGCGGUCCCACCGUCCACCAGAGCUGUCUUCACUACGCUCUGUGCUCAUCUCAGCCCUCCCACACUGGUCUCUAGGCCUUCAGGUGUCACCCUCCCACACUGGUCACUAGGCCUUCACGUGUCACCCUCCAAAACAUGUCCUCCAGAGAACAGAGCCGUGAGUAAUUACACGAAAUAGUCGUCUCACCUCCCCAUUACAAAGAUAUACACUUUACCUGUGAGUGUUACCAGACGUGCCUGGAGAGUCACCUCACACGUCACAACGUGCCUGGAGAGUCACCUCACGCGUCACAACGUGCCAGGAGAGUCACCUCACACGUCACAACGUGCCUGGAGAGUCACCUCACGCGUCACAACGUGCCUGGAGAGUCACCUCAUGCGUCACAACGUGCCUGGAGAGUCACCUCAUGCGUCACAACGUGCCUGGAGAGUCACCUCAUGCGUCACAACGUGCCAGGAGAGUCACCUCACGCGUCACAAGGUGCCAGGAGAGUCACCUCACGCGUCACAACGUGCCUGGAGAGUCACCUCACGCGUCACAACGUGCCUGGAGAGUCACCUCACGCGUCACAACGUGCCUGGAGAGUCACCUCACGCGUCACAACGUGCCAGGAGAGUCACCUCACGCGUCACAACGUGCCAGGAGAGUCACCUCACACAUCACAACGUGCCUGGAGAGUCACCUCACACGUCACAACGUGCCUGGAGAGUCACCUCACGCGUCACAACGUGCCUGGAGAGUCACCUCACACGUCACAACGUGCCUGGAGAGUCACCUCACGCGUCACAACGUGCCUGGAGAGUCACCUCACGCGUCACAACGUGCCAGGAGAGUCACCUCACGCGUCACAACGUGCCUGGAGAGUCACCUCACACGUCACAACGUGCCUGGAGAGUCACCUCACACGUCACAACGUGCCUGGAGAGUCACCUCAUGCGUCACAACGUGCCUGGAGAGUCACCUCAUGCGUCACAACGUGCCUGGAGAGUCACCUCGUGCGUCACAACGUGCCUGGAGAGUCACCUGAUGCGUCACAACGUGCCUGGAGAGUCACCUGAUGUGUCACAACGUGCCUGGAGAGUCACCUCACGCGUCACAAGGUGCUACACCAUCAAUACUUACAUUAAUAUAUUUACCAACAAAGACAAAACACUUAUCCUAAGCUCAUCAUGUGUACAAACUCAUAAAAUAAUAUUAAUAUAAAUUUGAGAUAAUAA